AUGUCUCUUGAUCUGCCGCAUAUCCCGAGAACCGAGCCUCCCACCGAAGGGGAUGAAUCGCACCCUGUUUCCGUUCUUCCUCCCCCAGACCGAGGUUUGGCGGCCUGGAAAUUCCUCUUCGCAUGCUUCAUCAUCGAAGGGGUGCUCUGGGGUUUCCCCAUGGCUUAUGGGGUUUUUCAGGAGCACUAUUCGCAGCAGUCUGAAUUCGCCGAUUCCUCCAACAUCGCUGUUGUGGGAACAGUAUCGACAAGCAUCUACUUCCUCGGCGCACCGUUAGCAACCCCGUUCGUCAAACAGUUCCCUCACUGGCGGCACCACAUGGUCCUUCUUGGCUCAGCAAUCUGCGUUCUCUCGCUACUCGCAGCCUCUUUCGCCUCUUCCGUCGCGGUACUCAUUGCCACCCAGGGCGUGCUCUACGGACUAGGCUUCCUCGUCAUAUACUUCCCCCUCCUAUCCAUGCUCAACGAAUGGUUCAUCCAGCGACGAGCAUUCGCCUACGCCGUCGUCUACUCCGGUGGCGGGUUCAGUGGCAUAGGACUCCCCUUCCUCUCCGAAUGGCUCCUAUCCCGAUAUGGGUUCCGGACGACCUUGCGAGUCUUUGUCGUCGCCCAGACUGUCCUCUUGAUUCCAAUUCUGCCACUGUGUAAGGGAAGAUUAAGCACAUCACACCAAAUCCCGACGCAACGCAUCGAUCUGGCCUUCGUCAAACACCCUCUGUUCUGGGUUCUUGCCGCGUCGAACCUAAGUCAGAGCUUCGCGUACUACAUCCCCUCGCUGUACCUUCCCACCUUUGCCUCGAGUAUGGGACUUUCUGGUUCCAUCGGGGCUUUGGUCCUCGCAGCUCUGAAUCUAGCCACAGUGUUGGGCCAGCUCGGUUUCGGCUAUCUGGUAGAUCGGCUCAGCAACAUCUUCACGCUGAUCGUGGUGACGGGCGUGACAUCGUCAGUAGCGACAUUUACCCUCUGGGGACUGACGAGGUCGCUGGCACCGCUGCUGGUCUUCAGUUUUGUGUAUGGGUUGUUUGCGGGAGCUUAUGUGGUGUUCUGGCCCCGGUUUGGCUCGAUGCUGGCAGACGAUCCGCAGCCUGUGUUUAGUUGGAUGGCGUUCGGGAAGGGACUUGGGAAUAUACUGACGGCUCCGAUCGCAGAGAGUUUGCUGGGGGAGUCGAUGGGGUUGAGCUAUGGAUUGGGGAAGUUUGCGCCGCUUGUCAUCUAUCUUGGGGCUCUUAUGUUUGUCUCGUCCUUGGGGGGUCUGGGGUGGUUCGCGAGUAGUCGAGAGUCGGGGAGGGGGGAGACUCGGUGA